AUGGCGAAGGUCGACCAAAAGACGGUCCUCAUCGUCAUUGACGGCUGGGGGGUUGCCAGCGAGAAGUCCCCCAAGAAUGGCGAUGCCAUUCUUGCUGCUGACACGCCAUGCAUGGACGAAUUCGCAAAGGACGGCUCCAAGACCGCCCAGGGCUACACCGAGCUCGAGGCUUCUUCGCUCGCAGUCGGCCUUCCAGAAGGUUUGAUGGGGAACAGCGAGGUCGGCCACUUGAACAUUGGUGCUGGUCGUGUUGUCUGGCAGGAUGUCGUGCGAAUUGACCAGACUAUCAAAAAGGGCGAGCUCAACAAGAACCAGAACAUCCAUGAGUCGUUCAGUCGCGCGAAGAAUGGCAACGGCAGGCUGCACUUGGCCGGUCUGGUUUCAGACGGCGGCGUCCACUCGCACAUCAAUCACCUCGUUGCUCUUCUCAAGGUUGCUAAAGAAAUUGGUGUGCCGCACGUGUUUAUCCACUUCUUUGGCGAUGGUCGAGACACCGACCCCAAGUCGGCUGCUCGGUACAUGGAAGAUUUGCUGAAGGCUACCAAAGAGGUCGGCAUCGGCGAGAUUGCCACUGUCGUCGGUCGUUACUACAUCAUGGACCGUGACAAGAGGUGGGAACGUGUUGAGAUCGGUCUGAAGGGUCUUGUCACUGGAGAGGGCGAGGAUGCGGAGGAUCCAGUGGCUGCCAUCAAGGCGAAAUACGAAAAAGGAGAGACUGACGAGUUCCUGAAACCCAUCAUUGUGGGAGGAAAAGAGCGAAGAAUACAAGAUGGCGACACUGUCUUCACUUUCAAUUACCGAUCGGAUCGUGUGCGCGAGCUCACCCAGCUUUUGGGUGGGUUUGACCGUUCACCACGGCCAGACUUCCCGUACCCUAAGGACAUCAGCCUGACUACCAUGACUCAGUAUAACCAAAAGUUUCCAUACCCCAUGGCUUUCCCGCCACAAAAAAUGAACGAUGUGCUCGCAGAGUGGCUGGCUAAGCAAGGCGUUAAGCAGUGUCAUAUCGCGGAGACAGAAAAAUACGCACACGUCACGUUCUUUUUCAACGGCGGCGUCGAGAAACAGUUCGAAAACGAGGAGCGUGAUAUGAUACCCUCUCCCAAGGUCGCUACUUACGACAAGGAGCCCAAGAUGAGCGCCAUGGCCGUCGCAGACAAGACUGUGGAGCGCAUCAAGGAGGGCAAGUUUGAGUUCAUCAUGCUCAACUUCGCACCUCCGGACAUGGUCGGUCACACUGGCGUUUACGAAGCGGCCAUCGAGGGAGUCACCGAGACCGAUAAGUCUAUCAAGAAGAUCUACGAGCAAUGCAAGGAGAGUGGAUACGUGUUGUUCGUCACUGCUGACCAUGGCAACGCAGAAGAGAUGCUCAAUGAGGAGGGUAAGCCAAAGACGUCGCAUACCACCAAUAAGGUUCCCUUCGUCAUGGCCAAUGCACCCGAAAGCUUCUCUCUCAAGAAGACGGACGGUGUGCUCGGGGAUGUUGCGCCUACGCUGCUAGAAGUCAUGGGCCUAUCGCAGGCCGAUGAUAUGGACGGCCACAGCCUGCUCGUCAAGUCGUAA